UUCAUCUUGCAAUGGUUAUUGUCAUGGCCGUGUUAACUACUAUUGUCCAAUGCUAGUACAAAUUAUUCAAGAGAAAUAGGCAAUUUAUCGUGAAAAAAUAAGUUUUCUACUUUGGUUAUAUUUAUCGUUAAUUAUUAAUUUUGAUAUUUUUUUAAAAUCAUUUCUAGGGGAAAAUGGCUUCCUGGCAAUCAGAAAUUACAUCGGUUUCUAAUUCACUAAAACAUAUUUUGGAGUUUCGCGAUUUCUCAGACGUGACAUUUAGUUUUGGAGAAUUUUCUAAUGAGAAAAAAGUCAAAGCCCAUAAAUUAAUUCUCGCUAUGAGAAGUGACGUCUUUCAAGCCAUGUUUUAUGGAACUAUGCGAGAAGAAAGAAGUGAUGUACUUGUGACAGAUAUAGACGAACACAUCUUUCAGAUCAUGCUAAAGUAUAUAUAUACAGACCAGUUUGAAGCAAAAUUGCCAGAAGAUAUUAUUUCUACAUUUUAUGCUGCUCACAAAUAUCACAUUCCUUCUUUAAUGAAUUUGUGUAGAACUCAAAUUGUACCAAAGCUUACAGGAAAUAAUGUUAGCAAAAUUUUUCAAGUGGCUCGGUUACUCGAAGAUGAGAUUUUAAUUACUAAGUGUGAAAACAUAAUUCCUCAAAAUUCGAAAACUGUUUUGGAAUCCGAAUCAUUCGCUAACCUUUCGGGUGAUGUCGUAGAAUAUUUAAUUCGGCAGAAGAAGUUAAAUACUGCAAGUGAAUCAGAUAUAUUUAGAGCAGUAUUGGUAUGGGCCAAGCGUAGAAUAGAAGGAAACAAGAAAUAUAUCGAGGAAAAAUCCGAAACAAAUGAAAAGGAAAAAGAUAUAAGCGAGAAUAUCAAAGAAAAAAAUAUGCGUAAGGAAAUCAGAUCUGUAAUGAAUUUCCUUCUUCCUUACAUCAAUUUUCUCUCAAUGAAUUUGGAAGAAUUUAUUAAAUUACCCGAUUUGACAGUAGUAUUUUCGAAAAAAGAAAUAGUACAAAUGGCAUUAAAUAUUGCUAAAAUUAGAAAUGUUCCACUACCUGAUUGGUUUGGAACAGGACCUCCCUCUCAGAAGUGAAGUCUGAGUCAAAUGGCUGCUAAAUUCCUUCGAAAGGAUGGUAAAAUUAUUUUUUUUUUAACGGAGCAUGUUAAAACAAUUAUAAUUAUUAUUACUGUGGUUUUUAAUUAAUAAUAAUUAUAACUACAAGAAAAUGAAUACGUUCUGGGUUAUGUUGAUUCUGAUAAAUUAUCUGACUGAUAACA